AUGUCGUCCCCUACCAAAGCCGCAAUCAAUCUAUUGAUUUGGACAAUCGUAUUCACAGUUGUCGAUGUUGUCUUUGUUGGUCUUCGCUUUUUAGCGGCACGCAUCAGCCAUCGCAAGAUCUAUGCAGAUGAUUAUUUUAUCAUAUUCGCUAUGAUGAACACUUUUGCGCUUGGAGGCGUUGUGAUCUGGGCCGUCUUUAGUAGUGGUAUGGGUCACUACGCCGCCGAAUUGAGUGCAACUGAGCUCCAGAAUGCGCUCAAGCUUAUCCCAGCCGCCUACGUUACUUGGACCCUAGGGACAACUUCUUUCAAGCUCUCUGUUCUGUGUCUCUACACCCGCAUCUUCUCGAUCAAGGCAUUCAAGACUUUGUCUUACGUUACCAUGGGUCUGACCGUUUCGUACUGCAUCUCAUUUAUGGUGGUUUUUCUCACCACAUGUACGCCUGAUAUCUCCCAAUUGUGGAAUCCAAGACCGGAUGGACAUUGUCGCGACCUUAAUAUUGGCCAGCUGGGCUCCGUCAGUACUAAUUUAGCACUCGAUGUGAUUAUCCUUGCACUUCCAAUGCCGUUUGUGUGGAAUCUAAAGAUGGCAUUGCGCAACAAGAUCAUUGUGACUAUCGUCUUUAGCUUCAGUCUCCUGACUAUUGGUAUCAUGAUUUGGAGAAUUGUCGACCUUGUCAAAAAUGCCGAUGCCGAUUUCGUCUAUAAUAUGCCUACUCUGGCUCUUACAACAACACUUGAACUGUGGCUUUGCAUUAUCAUUGGUUGCAUUCCAACUCUGGCGCCAAUAUUCAGGACCUAUAUCACACCCGCUUUGACCAAGAUGACGGGAUCCCGAAAGACGAUUAGCGCUCGUUCCAAUCCUCGCAACAUUGUUACCUUUGGUGGAGGACGCGGUAGACGACAAACAAGCUACAUAAACAUGAUGGGAAGCCAAGAUCCAAUCAAGGCUGAUAUCGGUGACAUUGAGCGGGAAGCAAAGGACAAUGCGUUCAGGGAGGACGCGUUCACGACGACUCUUAUAUCCUCUUCACCUCAACCAGACAUACGGCUUGAGACACUCUCUACUAAGAACGCGAUUCGUGUUCGUCACGAGGUUGAUACUGAGUUCUCCCAUUAG